CGAACGGUGCUGACGAUUUCAAAGCACAGUUGACCAUCGUUCUCGGUGUCAGUUAUUAGUAAACUACUCUUUCAGCAUGGUUAAGGUUGAUAUGAUUUCGUUUAAAUGUUUUGUGCUGCUCGGCUUAGCGCUAGUCCAUGGCACUGAUGCGACCAAAGGAAAAGGACGAGGCGGAGGCUACGGCGGAGGUAUGAGUCACGGUGGCGGGGGAUACGGCGCUGCUCCUCAGCAAAUCAUUUACGUUCCCGCACCACAGCCGGUGAUGGUCUAUUCACGACCACCUGUCCAUCGCCCACCAGCGCCUAGACCAGUUCCUGCUCCCGCUCCUUCUUACGGUGGAGGAGGUGGAAACUACGGCGGAAGUCACGGGCCAUCAGCUGGAGGCCAUGGUUACGAAGGAUCUUCAGGAGGUGCGCCAGUCCACAUUCAUGUUCAUUCAGCACCUGCUCAAUCGCAUCCGCAGCCGAUUCCAACAUCUCCGUAUGGAGGGGGACAUAGCCAAGCUGGGGGCUAUGGAGGAUCGAGCGGGGGUCAUCAUGCUCCUGCUCCGAUGGCGCAAUCUUAUCAUCAGCCAGCUCCAGCUGCCCAAUCCUAUCAACAGCCGAUCCCAGCAAUGUCUUCUUUCGGAGGAUAUGCUCCUCCUAUGGCGCAAUCUCACCAGCCAGCCCCAAUGGCCUCUUAUGGCGCCCCUCCUCAGUCUGCUGGAGGUUAUUAGAACUCUCAAUUUAUCCUAGAAAUCUUCAAUGAAUAUUGACAAAAUGUAUUCUUUUGGGAAAUAUACUACUUACGAUUGCAGA